AUGCUGAGUAAGAAAAGAAACACUGCACAGCCACAACAAGAUGUCAACAUGAGAGGUCGUCUAUUCACUCUUUCCAUCAAUACGGGACUGAAGAAACUAACAAACAGAUUGAGACAGCCUGCAGCGAGAUUUGCCCAUUUGGCAUUUGUUGAACUAAAGCCGAUUGAUUGGAAUAUUGACACAGAAUAA